AGCCCAGGCUUGCACAAUUAUAAACAACUAGUUUAUUUGUAGGCACACAUGGAGCUAUAUUGAUGUAAAAAAUUAUAUAAAUAGAUUCCGAAUAUUCUAACGAUGUCCGUGAAAUACAAGCUGUUAAUCAUUGUAAUAUUUCACUCUGUGAAUAUGAGCACUUCUGACUUCGAGUUCACGAAUAUCAAAUGCACUUCUUUGGACAAAGAAUUUGACGACUUUGAGUACUGCCAUCUGAAGUCUGUGAACCGUACCUUCAAAUACAUAUCACUUAAAGUAAGAAUGUAUAAGAUUCCCGUUACCAGAGUAAAGGUGAACUUUGCUCUCCUCAAAAAGUUUAAUGGAUACAAGCCGUUUCUAUACAACAUCACCACGGAUGCCUGCAGAGUUCUGAAAUAUCCGAAGUCCAAUCCGGUUUUUGGAUUUUUUCACAGUCUUUUUGCGCAUCACUCCAACAUGAAUCAUUCAUGUCCCUUUAAUCACGAUCUUAUUUUGGACAAGCUGCCUGCCGAUUUUGUAAAUACGAAAUUUACAAAAAUUUUGCCUUUUCCCGUGGGAGAUUAUCUUUUCGAUUCCAAAUGGAUAGUUAAUGAUAUAAAUAGAGCGGACGUUCAAGUUUAUGGCACUCUAUCCUGAAAAAAUAGUUUCAUUAAAGCUAGUAAU